GAUUGAAUCAGAUUGUUGAUAACGUCCCUACAAGGACUGCUGUUAGGAGCACGCUUCUCUACUGCAGAAGACAGAGCUGUCCCUGAACCUACAGCAUGUUAGCCGGCCAGGAUGUGACUAGGGGAAAUGAGAGAGCCUUCACAGCCGUACACCGCGCAGACAUGUCCAGCCCUUCGCCUUUGCAGUUUUGCGCCCCAGUGAAGGAUUAAAAGGACUUGAUUGUAGGAUAUUUUUUUUGGUUUUUUGUGUUGUCUUUCUCUCGCCCCCUUUCAUUAUGGCAGUCCUGCAUUGUUUGACCAAAGCUUGCUCCAGAGGAAGACAGGCUGCUGAAUUUAGCCACUGAUCACCCACUAGCCCUGGCCUAAGGCUAUGCUGAGAUUUCUAUCCCAUUUGUAUUGUUGCAGCUCAAAGGACGAAUGUUCAGAGGAUGACAAGUGUAUUCUGAGUAGAUCUUUGGUGGAGGAGGAGGACCCUCACUUGAAAGUCUCUCUUGGGAGCACCGAUAUGGGUGUGUCUGCUCAUCUCCAGUCUUCAAAGACGGGCACCACUCGCUUCUUCACCAGCAAUACUCAUAGUUCAGUGGUGUUACAGGGAUUUGACCAGUUACGAAUAGAAGGAUUGCUUUGUGAUGUUACAUUAGUACCAGGUGAUGGGGAUGAAAUCUUUCCAGUUCACCGAGCUAUGAUGGCAUCGUCAAGUGAUUACUUCAAAGCCAUGUUUACAGGUGGAAUGAAGGAACAAGACUUAAUGUGCAUUAAAUUACACGGCGUGAACAAAAUUGGAUUAAAGAAAAUUAUUGAUUUCAUUUACACCGCAAAACUUUCCCUGAAUAUGGAUAAUCUUCAAGACACACUGGAAGCUGCUAGCUUUUUACAGAUACUGCCUGUGCUGGACUUCUGUAAAGUGUUUCUUAUAUCUGGGGUUACCCUGGAGAACUGCGUUGAGGUUGGACGCAUUGCGAACACUUACAAUCUCUCUGAAGUCGAUAAAUACGUCAAUAACUUUAUCCUGAAAAACCUGCUGCCCUUAUUAACUACGGGGGAGUUUGUGAAACUCCCAUUUGAUCGUCUCGCCUUUGUUCUUUCUAGUAAUAGCCUUAAACAGUGCUCCGAGCUUGAACUGUUCAAGGCCGCGUGUCGCUGGUUACGCUACGAAGAGUCCCGUAUGGAAUGUGCUGCAAAACUAAUGAAGAACAUUCGAUUUCCUCUUAUGACACCGCAAGACCUUAUAAACCACGUGCAGACAGUGGACUUCAUGAGGACUGACAACACGUGCGUGAAUUUACUUCUGGAAGCUAGCAAUUACCAAAUGAUGCCGUACAUGCAGCCGGUUAUGCAGUCGGAAAGAACUGCCAUUCGCUCGGACAACACUCAUUUGGUGACAUUGGGGGGAGUUUUAAGACAGCAGCUGGUGGUGAGCAAAGAACUGCGGAUGUAUGACGAAAAGGCCCAUGAGUGGAAAUCUUUGGCUCCAAUGGAUGCUCCCCGGUACCAACAUGGAAUAGCAGUCAUUGGCAAUUUUCUCUACGUAGUCGGUGGCCAAAGCAAUUAUGACACGAAGGGGAAGACUGCCGUGGACACCGUUUUUAGAUUUGACCCCCGAUACAAUAAAUGGAUGCAAGUGGCAUCUCUAAAUGAAAAGCGUACCUUUUUCCACCUAAGUGCCCUCAAAGGUCAUCUGUAUGCAGUUGGUGGUCGAAAUGCAGCCGGAGAACUUGCCACCGUCGAAUGUUAUAAUCCUAGAACAAAUGAAUGGAACUAUGUCGCAAAGAUGAGUGAGCCACAUUAUGGCCAUGCUGGGACUGUGUUCGGUGGACUCAUGUACAUUUCAGGUGGAAUUACGCAUGACACCUUCCAGAAAGAACUGAUGUGUUUUGAUCCCGAUACUGACAAAUGGACUCAGAAGGCUCCCAUGACUACUGUACGAGGUCUUCACUGCAUGUGCACGGUCGGAGACAAACUUUAUGUCAUUGGCGGGAACCAUUUCAGAGGAACUAGCGACUACGAUGAUGUCCUGAGUUGUGAAUAUUAUUCUCCGUCUUUGGACCAGUGGAUUCCAAUUGCCGCUAUGCUACGGGGACAGAGUGACGUUGGGGUGGCAGUUUUCGAGAAUAGAAUUUAUGUGGUUGGUGGAUACUCUUGGAACAAUAGAUGUAUGGUAGAAAUUGUCCAGAAAUAUGACCCUGAAAAAGACGAAUGGCACAAAGUUUUUGACCUACCAGAAUCCCUCGGGGGUAUCAGAGCUUGUACGCUAACAGUUUUUCCACCAGACGAUAACAGUGGUUCACCAUCUCGGGAGUCUCCUCUCUCAGCACCUUGAAGACAGAUCUUGUAAUAUCUUUGCACUGCAUCAAGAUGGAUUUUCUUCCCUCUGGUUCCUUGGGAUAGUAUCAGAUACGUUUGGCCAACCAGAUUUGGAAAAUCCACUUCUGUAAAGAAUUUUGUACGAUUUAUUUGGCAUAGGUUAUUUAAUGAGAAUAUCAAAUGGUUUCUUUAAAAUGGCCAAAUGUUUAAAGCAAAUCAAAUGGUUCGAUUUAGGUAUGUAUGCAACGCUGGCUAUAGGAUCCCGAGGUGGGCUGUCAUAGACCUGUCCAUUCAAAUCUACUUGAUCUUUACAUAGCCCCCUAUUUAAAGCGGACUAUAAAAUGUUUUUUUUCUUCUGUAUGUAACUUUUUGAAUAUUUAUUUUAGCACUUUUCUUAAGUGUCCUUUUAAAGGGCCAGUAGUUUCUUCCAGUGGAUGAGAUCGCUAUAAAUCAGUUUCCAAUUACCUUGGUGUCAUGUAUAGCACAGAUAUGAGAGUCAUAUCCACCUACAACUGCUCAUUUACAAGACCAGUUCCUAUUAAGAAUGGUUUUAGGUACUGUACUAUUGAUUUGUGAGGCAUUUUGGUCAUCUACAGGUUGUGGACAUAGUCAUUUUGAGGCCUGUGGUGUCUUCAAGGGCUAGAAUCUUAGUGAAGACUCUGCUCGUCGGUAAAGAUACAAGUUUGGGUAAUAUAUGGAAUUUUCUCACAAUGCUUAUAUCCAGCAAGAUAUCAUCACAAGAUAUAAGGCUUUAUUCACUCUUCAAAAUGUACGGUUAAGUUGGAGCCAUUUCUUUGGUGCCAAUUGUAGGACCAGAUGCCUUCUGAGGAAAUCAAUGUAGACUGUUUACUAUCCUGUUUUUGGAUAUGGCUCCACAUGUGCAUGAAGCCCAACUAGAUCCUAUAGGGAACGCAAAACACAUGAAAUAACAAUUAGAAAACUUCUACGUUUAAUGGCACAAAUAAAAGAAGGCAUAAGUGCUUGGGAGCCAUGUAAAUUAUUCCUUCCUUUAUUACAUCAUCACCGAAAGAUACAUUUUAAUGGUGGAUUUUGAGACUCUGGCCCUGUCCUUACCUUUUUUUUUUUUUUUUUUCCAAGCAGCAGAUAGCACAGCACACAGGUGACCCUCAACCACCCCUCGUCUUGAAUUUAGGAUUCGGGAUAGCAUGAUAGACUUUGGAGGUAUGCACAACACAGGGAAAUAAAAGGUGUGUUUAUAUGCCCAUCUCCCUAAAGAUUGGGAGCCCCUGACAUCUGAGAAGUGAACAGCCACGAUUAGGAGCUAGUUCUGAACAUUUCACUGAACUCCUCCCAGAACAGGAGCUCUGCGUGCGUGCCCCCCUGUUCCAUGUGAUAAAUAAAAAUGCCUCCCACAUGGCUCACCCUGGCAGGUUGGAUGCCACAGGAUGAAUGCAGUAAAAUACAAGCAGGAGCCAUGCUGUGUGAUCACCACACUCGUUUGUAUACCAUGAAGGCUGUGUUAAGCCAAGUGUAAGAUGUGCAACCUGCAGGACUGUAGUUAUUCAUGGUAUGUGAUCAAUUACUAUUCAACCAAAUAGAAAUAAUUAGACAUGCACCACCCUGGCAUAUUGCACAGCAGUACCUCACUUAAAGGAGCCCGGCGUCAAGCCCAGGUUAGGUAUGCUUAAAUCAGCAUGAGAGGAGGUGUGGGUUAAGUCGCUGCUAUAAUGGGGCCUUGAAUAUUCAGGUUCAUGAAUAUUGCUGCCUUUCACACUAUGUAUACCUCUAACCUCUCAGUAAUCUGUCAUUCAUAAGCUCCCAUGAUAUAUUUACACGUUAUACAUAUUUUUGCUGAAUGCCUCUUUAUGGACUAGUGCAGUCUUCUGUGCUAUUCCAUACAGAAAAAAAAAGCUAUCCCUGACGUAUUCUGUCCGUACAGAGGCCAAAAGGACGCUCUCGGUCUCUGCUAGGUGAAUGGAAGCCUAUGAGUAAGUUUUGACAUAUUUGCUGGGAGCUUUCCCUCCGCGUAUGUCAAGUGGUCUCUGUGAAAGCAGCCUUAGAAAUCUUAUUGGAGCAUUGCCCAAAAGAUGUCAUGUAUAAGACCUUCAAGUCCUUAUCUUCACUCUUCCUUUUUUCCCUUCCUAUGUUUUCUAAAAAAGCGUGACAGGAAAUGGCAUCCGUUGUAGCUUCCAUAGGGGCCGUCACCUAUUUCCCUAGACUCCAGAAUAGCAAAUCUGCCUGUCUAAGAGUACUUUCACAUUAGCGUUAAAGUUUUCCAGUAUUGAGUUCCGUCACAGGGGCUCAAUACCGGAAAAAAUGCUUCAGUUUCAUCCUAAUAUAUUCUGAAUGGAG